UCCAGUUUAUCGUUGAACGUGACACACGUUAUAAUGAAGGCGAAAGGUGAACUGAAAGAAUUCGAGGUGAUAGGGCGCAAGCUCCCCACCGAGAAGGAGACGACCACACCGCUAUACAAAAUGAGGAUAUUCGCGCCUGAUGCUAUAGUAGCAAAAUCCAGGUUUUGGUACUUCUUGCGCCAGUUGAAGAAGUUCAAGAAGUCUACUGGAGAGAUCGUGUCUCUUAAACAGAUUCCUGAGAAAACUCCAAUGAAAAUCAAGAACUUUGGAAUAUGGCUGAGGUAUGAUUCCCGAUCUGGUACACACAACAUGUAUAGGGAAUACAGGGACCUCUCUGUCAGUGGAGCGGUAACUCAGUGUUAUAGAGACAUGGGUGCUCGUCAUCGUGCACGUGCCCAUUCCAUACAGAUAAUCAAGGUGGAGGUUGUAAAGGCUGCAAACUGCCGCAGACCCCAAGUAAAGCAGUUCCACGACUCCAAGAUCAAGUUCCCGUUGCCCAAACGAAUUCAACACAGAAAUCGUAUGCCACGGUUCAGCGUCCGGAAGCCGCGCACCUAUUUCCUCUAAAUGACAUGGUGUUUUUGUACUGCGACGCUAUACUACUCUGCAGAAAAUAAAGGGACUUUCAACAUAA